AUGCAUGGCCUGCAUGGCGCGCAACCACUGCCGGAAUGGCGAAUGCCUCGGAGGACGCAGGCGCGCGACCUGAAGGUCUACUGCGUCAGGCCGAUGACUUCGAUGCUUGAACUGCGAGCUUCGAGGUCGAAAGCCUCUUUCUGGAGCUUGCUGCGAAAGCGGAGUCGGCGCCGGCAAAGUCCUCGGGAAACGCCCGGAAGGUCAGCUUUCCCGCUGGUGAUCAUGAGGCAUGUGCGAAUCCGGACACCCUUGGACUUCCUCGAUGAUGCCGCGCGCCUCGACCCGUACCAAGUGCUGAACAUCUCCUUCCUCUCCGGGCGCCGGAGCAUCCGCCAAGCCUACGCCCGGCUGUGCAAGCAGCACCAUCCAGACUUGAACGGAGGGCAAGAAAGCCUCGACUGGAUGAUGAUUCGACGCGCCUACCGGAUCCUCACAGAUCCCGAAGAACGGAUCGCCUAUGACUCCGCACGGAUCACCCGCAAUGCUCUGAGCGCGACGGAGGGUGUGGUGGCCUUCUCCGUGGCAGCGGCGCAGCAGCUGGGCUCUGUCGUCUCGGACGUGGCCCAGGCGGCCGGAAGCUUCACCAGCAAGCUGAUGGGCCUUGGCGUCUUCCUCGCUCAGGAGUCUCAGGUUUGGGCCGAGAGGGGAAGCCAGGGCCUGGAAACCUUGAAGGCCUUCGUCGAUGAUGGCGGAGGCCGCCGCGGCUGUGGCGGCAGCAGUGGCGAAGGCGAAGAGAAGAGCGUGAAGGACUUCAAGCAGGCGUGGGCCGAGAAGCGUGCCCUGGCCACCAAGAGCUUGGAGGAGCUGAGACAGGCCAGGAAGGACCUCGAGGAGGCCUUGGCGAAGGAGCGUGAGGAGCAGGAGCUCGAGGACUCGGAGAACUGA